AAUUUUUUAAAUAAUCGUGACAUCUUUACAUUUUAUUCAAAUGCAUACCUUAACAUAAACCUAGCCAUUUAUAGGGAUGUUAGGUAACAUAAAAAUGUAUUCAUCUCAUCAAAACGUCAGCGAGCAGUUAUAGAUUAUAGGCUAUGUAAGAGGAUAGCUGUAAAUAUGAUGUUAUGUCAUCAUUCACAUUUUAUGAUUUUACAACACUGAACAGCGUUGGAGGUCCGCUGUCCUUUUAAUUGCGAUUGCAUACACCUACGAUUUUCUUCUUGGAGGAUUAGCGUCAAUGGGAGCAACUCUAAUUACAAAUCCGCUAGAAGUCGUUAAAACGCGUAUGCAAUUGCAGGGUGAAUUGGCCGCAAAAGGAAGUUAUGCUAAGCCAUACAAAAGUGUUGGUGAUGCGUUUAUAACAAUAGCAAAGAACGAUGGUUUCUUAGCGCUUCAGAAAGGAUUAGCACCAUCACUAUGUUUUCAGUUCGGCAUCAAUGCUGUUCGGUUGGGUGUAUACAAUACCGCCUUUGAGAAUGGUCUUACUCAAGCAAAAGAUGGCAACCAAUCGCUGUGGAAGUGCGCGUUUUGGGGUGGAACAGGUGGUUUUAUUGGAUCUGCAAUAGCUAGUCCAUUUUUUAUGCUGCGAACGCACUUACAAUCACAAGCAGCAACCCAAAUUGCGGUCGGCUAUCAACAUAAGCAUUCUGGCAUACUUAGUGCGUUGAGAGAGAUUUUUCAAACGCAUGGUAUUAAAGGUUUAUAUCGAGGUGUUUCUGUAACAUUACCACGAGCUAUGCUAGGCAGUGGAGGUCAAUUGGCUGGUUUUGGAUAUACCCGCGAUUUACUAACACGACAUCUACCUGAUCGCAUGAAGUCUGAUCGUCUGAUUUCGGUGGUGUCUGGAAUAGCUGCAGGUACAGUAAUGGCUAUCACUAUGACUCCUCCGGAUGUGGUGGCCACGCGGCUCUAUAAUCAAGGAGUAGAUGCUAGCGGAAAAGGUAUAUACUACAAGGGGGUGCUUGACUGUUUUAUAAAGAUAGUGAAAAUUGAAGGAAUUGCGGGACUUUAUAAAGGGUUUUGGCCACAUUAUAUGCGCAUAGGACCUCACUCUAUGUUAGUACUGGUAUUUUUCGAUGAAUUGAAAAAGCUUAGGAACAUAUAUUACCAAAAACAGCACACAAAACUGUGAUAUUAAAAUUAUUUGAUUGUAAUAUCAUAGGUAUAUUGAAAUUCUGUUUGCAGAGAUAAAAUAAUAUA